CAAAAUUCAUGGUGCCAAAUAACAUUUCUGGGCCCAAAAUCCUUUUGUUCCUCCGAGUAUUUGUUCUGUGGCUAGGAUUCACUGUCUUUAAGAUUCCGUGCCUAUGGCCACUUCCAUCCUCUCCCACCGAAUUUCUGGGCCAUUCCCCACGGCGUGCCUCAGUUCCCGGCCACCGAGGGCCACCAUUAACAUACGGCGGAACCCUCCACCUCAUUUCAAUCCAUUGAGAUGCAGAAAAGUGGCCCUCAAAGCCGAAACGAACAAUCGCUUCAAGUGGGCUAUUCAACUGAGCUUAGUGGAGCAGAGUCCACCAAAAUCAACGUUCGACGUUCAACAACUCGUGGGCUUUCUCUACGACGAUCUUCCACACCUCUUCGAUGAUCAGGGUAUUGAUAUAACGGCCUACGAUGAAAGUGUCUUCUUCCGAGACCCAAUCACCAAGCAUGAUAAUUUGAGUGGCUACCUUUUCAACAUUGCUCUUCUCAAGACGCUCUUUAGCCCUCAGUUUCGGUUGCAUUGGGUCAAACAGACAGGAUCUUAUGAGAUAACUACAAGAUGGACCAUGGUUAUGAAAUUCGUGUUACUUCCCUGGAAACCGGAAUUGGUCUUUACAGGAACAUCUGUUAUGGGCAUUAACCCAGAAAAUGGCAAGUUCUGUAGCCAUGUGGACUUUUGGGACUCAAUAGAGAAAAAUGACUAUUUUUCUUUCGAAGGUUUGUGGGAUGUAAUUGAACAGUUGAGGAUUUAUAAGACACCGGAAUUGGAAUCACCUAAAUAUCAAAUCUUGAAAAGGACAGCAAAUUACGAGAUUAGACAGUAUAAUCCAUUCAUAGUAGUAGAAACAAAUGGAAACAAGCUAUCUGGGUCUACUGGCUUUAAUGAUAUUGCUGGAUAUAUAUUUGGAAAGAAUUCCACAACGGAGAAGAUACCAAUGACUACUCCUGUCUUCACUCAAGCCACUGAUGCUGAAUUGUCCAAAGUGUCAAUCCAAAUAGUUCUUCCAAUAGACAAAGAAACAAGAAGUUUGCCAAAUCCUAAUCAAGAAACAGUCAGCUUGAGAAAGGUAGAGGGAGGCAUUGCUGCAGUAGUAAAGUUUAGUGGGAAACCUGUAGAGGGUGUUGUUCGUAAAAAGGAGAAAACCCUGCGCUCCAAUGUCAUUAAAGAUGGCCUUAAACCUCAGAUUGGUUGUUUGCUUGCACGGUACAAUGACCCAGGUCGAACAUGGACCUUUAUAAUGAGGAAUGAAGUGCUCAUAUGGCUAGAUGACUUCUCGUUGGAUUAGCAUGAAUGCAGUAAUCAUGGCUGCUUUUUAUCAUCAAUCCUCACAGCAAGUCAUUCUCAAACGUGGUUGGCUGAGUAUAUAAAAGGUAUUAUUAGAAAUUCUCUUCAGGUUCAAGGAGGGAUGUUGGGAACCAAAAAUAGGCAUAUACUACAGAUUGAGUAAAACUUUGAAUAGGGAUGAAUAAGAUACAUGUUGAUUUCUUGCUACUCAUCAAGUUGUAAAAGAAUAGUAAGUGUGCAGUUACCACUUUUAUUUAUUCUUCGGGUUUGGCUAUGGCUUGCAUCCGCAGUUUAUGUAUGACAUAAUUAAACAAAGGAAAAGCUUCGGCAUUUUUGAUAAAUACUUUCAAAUUGAUCAUUAAUUUGUUAU